AUGCCAGAAAUGACAGAGAAUGAGACUCCUACAAAAAAGCAGCACAGAAAGAAAAAUCGGGAGACACACAAUGCAGUGGAGAGGCAUAGAAAGAAGAAAAUCAAUGCUGGGAUAAACAGAAUAGGAGAGCUGAUCCCAUGCUCCCCGGCGCUGAAACAGAGCAAGAAUAUGAUCCUGGACCAAGCCUUUAAGUAUAUAACAGAAUUGAAAAGGCAAAACGAUGAACUCCUGCUUAAUGGAGGAAACAAUGAACAAGCUGAAGAAAUUAAAAAGCUACGUAAACAACUGGAAGAAAUUCAAAAAGAAAAUGGCCGAUAUAUUGAAUUACUAAAAGCAAAUGACAUAUGUUUAUAUGAUGACCCCACAAUCCACUGGAAAGGAAAUCUUAAAAACUCAAAGGUCUCUGUUGUUAUACCCAGUGACCAGGUUCAAAAGAAUAUCAUUGUUUAUUCCAGCGGGAGUCAGCCUGGUGGAAAUAGCCAGGGAACAGCUGUUCAGGGGAUAACGUUUAACGUUGGUCAUAAUUUACAGAAGCAAACUGCCAAUGUGGUGCCAGUGCAGAGGACUUGCAAUCUUGUGACUCCUGUGUCUAUUUCUGGAGUUUACCCUUCUGAAAACAAGCCAUGGCAUCAGACCACGGUUUCUGCACUGGCUGCCAACCAGCCUGUUCCUCUUUGUCUUCCUGCUACCAUUUCUGCUCAAAACCUUCUUGAGGUCUCCACCUCCGAAAGUGAGUCGAGUGUGCUUGGUGCCAGCAGUGGCUCACUGAUGACUGUCCCUGUCGGGCCUGUACCACCCCAGCAUCAUUCAUUGCACACAUGUCUAAAGGAUCAAAAUUCUUCUGAAAAUAAGAAUGGGCAAGAGAGCCCCAAAUUAUUGAAGAAAACAGUCCCUUGUGCCACAAGCAUCUCCUCCAGCUACUCAGCAACUGCCACUAGAGGACACCAAGGAAGCAAGUCCUGCCUGAGCGUACAGGAGUGCAGAAGUGACUUUCAAACCACCUUUGUUGUUUCCGUUACCACGACAGUCUGCUCCCAGCCUCCAAGAUCUGCAGGUGAUUCUUGUCCAGCGAGCAUUAGCAAGGGUGCAGACUUGACAAGUGUUACUGCGGUGGUGGCCCCAUCUGCCCCUGGAGGAGGGGAGACCACCACCCCCGUGAGCACCCUUUCUGCAAACCCUGUGGACAGUGGUUGGACUCUUUCUUGUUCUUUGCCUUCUUCAGCUGUUAGUGCUUCAGAUUUGAAAAACAUUAAUAGCCUUACCCGAAUUUCCUCAGCUGGAAACACGCAGACGACGUGGACUACUUUGCAACUGGCGGGAAACACUAUUCAGCCCUUAAGCCAGACACCAUCUUCUGCUGUGACUCCAGUAUUAAAUGAGUCUGGUACUAGCCCCACCACGGCCAACCACAGUAGAUGUGUGGCUACAGGCGUCAACUUGAAUAAUUCCUUUCCAGCAGAUGGGCAGCCAGUUGAGCAAGUAGUUGUAACGUUGCCUUCUUGUCCAUCUUUACCUAUGCAGUCACUGAUUGCCCAGCCACAAGUUAAAUCUCAGCCUCCAAAAAGUAUCCUUCCAUUGAAUUCAGCAAUGCAAGUGAUUCAGAUGGCUCAGCCAGUUGGGUCGGCUGUUAACGCAGCUCCUGCUAAUCAAAACGUUAUCAUUCUUCAGCCACCCAGCACCACCCCGUGCCCAACAAUGAUGAGGGCAGAGGUUCCCAACCAAACAGUAGGUCAACAGAUAGUAAUCAUACAGGCAGCUAAUCAGAACCCUUUGCCACUCCUCUCCGCUCCACCUCCCGGUUCUGUUCGACUCCCUGUCAAUGGAGCCAGUGCUAUCAUAGGGUCUAACAAUUCAGUGCAAAAUGUUUCGACCCCACAGAGUUUUGGAGGAAAGCACCUUGUCCACAUAUUACCAAGACCUUCAUCUUUAUCAGCAUCUAAUUCAACACAAACUUUUUCUGUAACCAUGUCAAACCAACAACAGCCUCAAACGAUUUCUUUAAAUGGACAGCUCUUUGCUUUGCAGCCUGUGAUGUCUUCGUCAGGAACUACAAGUCAAACCCCUAUGCAAAUUAUUCAACCCACCACCAGCGAAGAUCCAAAUACCAAUGUUGCCCUGAAUACAUUUGGCGCUUUGGCCAGCCUCAAUCAAAGCAUAUCGCAGAUGGCUGGGCAAAGCUGUGUACAACUGUCUGUUAGCCAGCCUGCCAAUCCUCAAACUGCUGCAAAUAGUCAAACCACCCCAGCUAACUGUGUUUCAUUAACAACAGCUGUAGCAUCUCCCUUGACAACGGAGAAUUCAGCCACACUACCCAGUACGUAUAAUCUAGUGACUACUCCCUCAAUGAACACUGUAGCUUGUUUGCCUAACAUGAAGCCCAAAAGGCUGAAUAAGAAGCCGAGUGUCAAGAAACACGUAGCCACUAAUAAGUCAGCCUGCACCCUGAACCCAGCCAGAGAUGUGGGUAAGUUAGACUGCCCCAGCACCGAAGGCUCCACAGAGCCAUCGUGUAAUGAUGGACUUCUGGACAGCCUCCCUGGUGUGUUACCAUCUGUCACUAUGUCCCAGGUAAAUAGUGUAAGUGUUUCUGGCUCACAUUCUUUGGAUGUUCUGAAUUCUGAAUCAGUGAUACCUGAGUCCAUACCCAAAUCUAAGUCAGCAGAAGAGUCUAGCUCAUCCUCCCAAGAAUCUGUAACAAGUGAACAUUUUACAAUGGCCCCAGCAAAAUCCAAAGAUUCUCUCCCCGUUUUCCAACGAGAGACAUCUCAGGAUAAGCCACCAACUAGUUUGGCAUUGCCAGAUGCUGCCAAAUCCUGCACUUCAGCCAACGUGUUGAUUUCGUCUGCGAAUGAUCCCCACGUUUUGGUUUCUCAGGUUUCUGAUUUGUCAUCUGCCACGAGCACUGCAAGUACUGACUGUGUUUCUGAGGUAGAAGUCAUUGCUGAACCUUGCAGGGCUGAGCAAGAUUCAUCAGCUACAGUGCAAACCACAGGUCUCUUAAAGGGGCAGGGUUUAACUGCACUGCUAUCUGGUCUUGCUAAAGAAAAAGACCCUCAGAAAUCAUCUCUUUCAGUCCAGGUGGACCAUCCUGACUUUUCUUCAGAAGAUUCUAAAAUAGUCCAUUCGAGUGUUGAUUUACAUCCCAAACAGGAGCUAUUACUGAUGAGCAGUGAUGACAGAGAUCCAGGACCACAUCAUUCCUGCAUCCCUGAUCAGGAGGUUAUUAAUGGUUCUUUGCUCACCAGUAGGCAGGCUGACUCCCCCAUGUCAACCAGCUCUGGCAGUAGUCGUAGUUUCUCAGUUGCAUCCAUGCUUCCUGAAACAACUAGAGAGGAUGUCACCAGCAAUGCAACGACUAAUACGUGUGACAGCUGUACCUUUGUAGAGCAAACUGAUAUAGUAGCUCUUGCAGCAAGAGCUAUUUUUGACCAGGAGAACCUUGAGAAGGGAAGAGCUGGCGCCCAGGCUGAUAUAAGGGAAGUUCCUUCAAAGCCUUCUGAAGCAUCCUCUUUAGAGGGAGACCAGCCUUUCAAAACCCAGAUAUCUAAAGAGAAUGGCCCAGGACAGGCAGAAGCGACACCAAAUGAAUUUAAUUCUCAGGAUUCAAUUGAAGCAACUGUGGGUCAGCCCCUUGAAAAACCAAGUUGUUCUAUAGGGAUGAAAACAUCAAAUGCCUCUUUACAGGUUUCGACUUCUCAGCCACCAAGCAUCACCAGUUUAAGUGUGAAUAAUCUUAUCCAUCAGAGCAGCAUCAGCCAUCCUCUGGUCAGCUGCGCUGGUUUAUCCCAAACUUCAGAGCAAACAGCUGUUCCUGUAACGGUUAAUCUGACGGUUUCAUCUAGCUCCUAUGGCAGUCAGCCUCCUGGACCAUCUCUGAUGACCGAAUACUCCCAAGAACAGCUCAGUACUAUGGCUGGUACCAUACCAAAUCCACAGAUUCAAGAGCCACUCUUAAAGCCAAGUCAUGAAAGCCGCAAAAACUCUGCUAAGCGUGCUGUCCAAGAUGACCUUUUACUGUCUUCAGCUAAACGUCAAAAGCAUUGUCAACCGGCUCCCCUCCGGCUUGAAGGUCUGUCCCUGAUGAGCCGAGCUCCAGACAGCAUUUCCGAUCAAACUCAGAUGAUGGUUAGUCAGAUCCCUCCCAACUCGUCAAACUCAGUUGUGCCUAUUAGCAACCCAGCACAUGGAGAUGGCCUUACGCGGUUAUUCCCACCUGGUAACAACUUUGUGGCCCCUGCGUUGAGGCAAACUGAGGUUCAGUGCAAUUCGCAGCCUUCCGUGGCUGAGCAGCAGCAAACGCAGGCCAGCCAACAUCUGCAGGCUCUGCAGCAGCAUGUGCCAGCUCAAGGGGUGCCUCACCUGCAUAGUAACCAUCUCUACUUAAAGCAGCAGCAGCAGCAAGCGGGGCAGUUAAGAGAGAGGCAUCACUUAUAUCAACUGCAGCAUCACGUACCUCACGCGGAGAGCUCUGUCCACUCUCAGCCCCACGUCCACCAACAGAGAACCCUGCAACAGGAAGUUCAGAUGCAGAAAAAGAGGACUCUUGUUCAGGGCACUCAGGCCUCUCAGCUUUCUCUACAACCCAAGCACCAUGGAACUGACCAAUCCCGACCCAAGAGCGGUCAGCCACACCCCCACCAUCAGCAGAUGCAGCAACAGAUGCAGCAACACUUUGGAAGCUCCCAGCCAGAGAAGAGUCGUGAAAACCCUUCCACAAGCCGCAGUCACCAUAACCAUCUCAGUCAAGACAUCAUGCACCAGCAGGAGGUGGGAAGCCGGCAGCAAGGUGCGGGGCUUUCUUCUGAACACGUAUCUGGGCAUAAUCCAAUGCAGAGGCUUCUGACAUCAAGAGGCAUAGAGCAGCAAAUGGUGUCCCAACCGAGUAUCGUGACGAGACCUUCAGACAUGACUUGUACUCCACACAGGCCAGAGAGAAAUAGAGUUUCAAGUUACUCUGCGGAGGCACUCAUUGGAAAGACAUCUUCCAAUUCAGAGCAGAGAAUGGGUAUAUCGAUCCAGGGUUCCAGAAUUUCAGAUCAGCUUGAAAUGAGAAGCUACCUUGAUGUUCCCAGAAAUAAGAGUUUGGCCAUUCAUAAUAUGCAGGGCCGUGUGGACCAUCCUGUUACCUCAGAUAUCCGCCUUUCUGACUGUCAGACAUUUAAGCCAAGCGGAGCCAGUCAGCAGCCCCAGAGUAAUUUUGAAGUGCAGUCUUCAAGAAAUAAUGAAAUAGGUAACCCUGUGUCAUCCUUGAGGAGUAUGCAGUCCCAGGCUUUUCGAAUUAGCCAAAACCCUGGUCCACCACCAAUUGACCGCCAAAAGAGACUACCUUACCCACCAGUUCAGAGCAUCCCAACAGGAAAUGCUGUCCCACCAAGGGACAGUGAAAAUACAUGUCACCAAAGUUUCAUGCAGAGUUUACUUGCCCCUCACCUGGGUGAUCAGGUCAUUGGGAGCCAGAGACCACUCCCAGAGCAUCAGAGGAAUACACAGUGUGGUCCCUCCUCUGCAAUCGAAUAUAAUUGUCCCCCAACUCAUGAAAGUGUCCAUGUUAGAAGAGAGAGUGAGAGUCAGAAUAGGGAGAGUUGUGACAUGUCCCUGGGUGCAAUUAACACCAGGAACAGCACUUUGAAUAUUCCGUUUUCGAGUUCUUCUUCCUCAGGAGAUAUUCAAGGUCGAAACACAAGUCCCAACGUUUCUGUACAGAAGUCCAAUCCCAUGAGGAUUACUGACAGUCACGGGACCAAGGGCCACAUGAACCCUCCAGUCACAGCCAACAUGCAUGGGGUUGCAAGGCCAGGUUUGCUGCAUCCGUCUGUGUCUCACGGAAGUGCUGACCAAGGGCCUCCUGUACGUCAAACUAGUUCUUCAGUUCCCCAGCGAUCGAGGCAUCCUUUGCAAGACAGCAGCGGUUCCAAAAUUCGUCAGCCUGAAAGGAAUCGCUCUGGAAACCAAAGACACAGUAAUGUCUUUGAUCCGAGUCUUCCGCAUCUUCCUCUGUCUACUAGUGGCAGUAUGAUUCUUGGACGCCAACAACCCACUACAGAAAAGAGAGGAAGUAUUGUUCGUUUCAUGCCUGAUGGCCCACAAGUACCUAAUGAUAAUUCAGCGCCUGACCAGCAUACACUGUCACAAAAUUUUGGUUUUCCAUUUAUUCCCGAGGGUGGCAUGAAUCCACCAAUAAAUGCUAAUACUUCUUUCAUUCCACAGGUUACUCAGCCUAGUGCCACUCGGACUCCAGCCCUCAUCCCUGUAGAUCCCCAAAAUACUCUCCCCUCCUUCUAUCCCCCAUACUCUCCUGCUCAUCCUACACUGUCCAACGAUAUUUCAAUCCCCUAUUUUUCUAAUCAAAUGUUCUCGAAUCCUAGCACAGAGAAGGUAAACAGUGGAAGCUUGAAUAACCGAUUUGGAUCAAUUUUAUCUCCUCCCAGACCUGUUGGUUUUGCUCAACCAAGUUUUCCUCUUCUGCCUGACAUGCCCCCAAUGCACAUGACCAACUCUCACUUAUCCAAUUUUAACAUGACAUCUUUGUUUCCAGAAAUAGCUACAGCUCUCCCUGACGGCUCAGCCAUGUCACCUUUGCUUACGAUAGCAAACUCCUCUGCCUCAGACUCUUCCAAGCAGUCCUCAAACAGACCUGCCCACAACAUAAGCCAUAUUUUAGGUCAUGAUUGCAGUUCAGCUGUUUAA